AUGGCGCACACCCCUCUCCACUCGAGCGGGUACAACUCGCGUCUCCCUCCUCCCCCUCCUGUCCUCGCUCCGCACGCACCCUCGUCACUCGCCGCUCACGCAGGGCCGAACAAGGAGAACCCCUUCACGAUCCCGCACUCGCACGCCUACGUCGACCCAGCGAAACACCUGCCCGCCAUGCCCCGCGUCGAAGCAUUGCACCCUUCGCCCGCACCCACUUACACCCCGCCUCACCACCGCCCCCUUCCUCCUUCGCCGACAAAGACCACCGCAACAGCCACCGUCAAUCACUACACCCGUCCACUCGGUGGGAACGCACGAGCGCAACAGUCGCAGCAGGCGGAACCGACAAUGGUCCAGCUGCUUGCUUCGCAGGGAACGGCGCCGGCACACUAUGCCUCGCGAGGUGGAGCAGGGGACGUUACAAUGGGCAACGCAACGGGCGUCCUGAGCUGGCGGAAGGGUCAGGGCUUCAAGGAGUGGGAGAAGCUCAAGCUCAACUCGCCCGAGGUCAAGCGGAAGGCGGAUGUCGCCCAGCUGUUCUUCUACGACCACUACUUCGACCUCCUCACCUACGUCUCCUCGCGCAAAUCCCGUCUCGCCUCCUUCCAAUCCUCCAUCUCCUCCCGCCCCUCCCUCACACCCGCCGAGGUCUCCUCCGAAUGGACAAGCUACACAUGCCGCGAGCGCGUCCUCCUUCGCAAGCGGCGGACCAAACUCAAGGUGGAUAUGUUCCAUGUCGUGACGCAGGUUGGGCAGGGCGGGUAUGGAGAGGUGUAUCUCGCGAGGCACAAGGAGACGAAUCAGGUGGUCGCGCUGAAGAAGAUGAAGAAGCGGACGCUGGCAAAGAUGGACGAGAUUCGACACGUCCUCGUCGAGCGCGACAUCCUCGCCUCAACCUCGUCACCCUGGCUCGUCCGCCUCCUCUACGCUUUCCAGGACCCCGAACACGUCUUCCUCGCCAUGGACUUCAUCGCCGGCGGCGACUUCCGCACUCUCCUCAACAACUCGGGCGUCCUCAAGGAGGAACACGCGCGCUUCUACAUUGCGGAGAUGUUCACGGCCGUCAACGAGCUGCACAAGCUCGGCUACAUUCACCGGGACUUGAAGCCUGAGAACUUCCUCAUCGACACGACCGGCCACAUCAAGCUGACGGACUUUGGACUCGCCGCGGGUGCGCUCAACCCGGGCAAGAUCGAGCAUCUCAAGCACAAGCUCGACGAAGUCGCCGACUCGCCUCUCGUCUUCCGCUCAACGCUGGAGAUGAAGUCGAUCUACAAGAGCAUCCGAAUGGCCGACGCGCGCUAUGCCGACUCGGUCGUCGGAUCGCCGGACUACAUGGCUAUCGAAACGCUGAGGGGUCAGAGCUAUUCGUACAGCGUCGAUUACUGGAGCUUGGGGUGCAUCUUGUUCGAGUUCCUCGCCGGGUUCCCUCCCUUCUCAGGCGCGACAGCCGAAGAGACCUGGACCAACCUCAAGAACUGGCAGCGUGUCCUCCGCCGCCCACACUACGAGCGCCCCGAAGACCGGAUCUUCAACCUCAGCGACGAAGGGUGGGAUGCGAUCACUAGGCUCAUCACGCACAAGGACCGCCGCAUGUCGACUCUCGACCAGGUCAAGACGCACCCGUUCUUCCGCGGCGUCGACUGGCCAAACCUUCGCGAGCGCAAGGCGCCGUUCAUCCCUGCGCUUGACUCGGAGAUCGACGCAGGCUAUUUCGACGACUUCUCCUCGGAAGCAGACAUGGCCAAGUACGCCGAAGUGCGCGAGAAGCAGCGACACGUCGACGCCGUCGCCGAGCGCGCACUCGAUGCCAAACUCGCGCGCGGCGUCUGGGUCGGCUUCACCUUCAAGGCCAAGAAGAAGGAGGACCGCUUGCUGCGCGAGAAGGAGCAACGGGAGAAGCAGAAGUUGCAGGAGGAAGAGGAGGAGUCGCUCUACACGCUUUUCUGA